CCACAUGUAUGUUGCGGAACAGCAAGGCAAACGUUUUUUUGUUUAGGGACCCCUCAUAAACUGACUGCAGAAAAUAUGUGCGCAUUUGAUGUUCUGUAGAGCGUUUUUAGAAGAAUUCCAAGCGUUCACGCAAACAUUUGGUGUGGUGUCUUGAACGCAGCCUCGGAGCUGGAAUCAUUUACCUAAUACCGAGGUCACAUUUCAGAAAAGUUGAACUUUAGGACUGAUCAUAAACUAUCUGCACGCUUGAGUUGAGCAAAAGCUUUAGCCACCAUGGCUGAGCCACCCGUUCUUAUACGACAAGAUGAGGUUGAAGGAUUGUUGGAUUAUAAAGAUUUGAUCCCGCGACUUGAAGUAGCACUGGGGACGUUUUCCAAACGGGACAGCGCAGAAAUGAUCCAGCCCGUCCGUAGUACGGUCCCGUUACAAAAAUACAAUGGGUAUGUUGAUUCAUUAAUUCCCUUAUUUAUCAUUGGUCGGUAAUUUAGUAACAAUACUGUUUAAAAAAUGUCCGCCUAGAUUCCUGGGGCUGAUGCCUGCAUAUUUGGUGCAUGAAGACAUCCUGUGCACAAAGUUGGUGUGUUUUUACAACAGGGAGAGUGGGUCAACUCUGCCAACAACUCAAGCCACAGUGUUGCUGUUUGAUCCUGAGUAUGGGAACGUCAAAGCUGUGAGUAUGCCUAUGACUAUUUAACAGUGGCUGUCGUAGUAAAUAUAAUUUGUUGUACUUCCUCUUUUAAUUUUGUGUUCACCAACAUGGCCAUUAUAUGUUAUUUAUCAGUUGUGACCACCCAGCCAUACAAGCAGAGUCAAAUAAUUCAAGGAUUUAGCACAGCUGGUUAUAAUAGAGGUCAAUUCAGUUAUAACAUCUGUCUCAGUGUGGUUGACAUCUGCAGGUCAUGGAUGGGGAGGUCAUCACAGCCAAAAGGACAGCAGCAGUGUCUGCUAUUUCUGCCAAAGUAAGGCCCUCUCCAUGUGGCCUAGGCAAGCAUGCAUACACUCUUAAUUGGGGAUUGCUCACUACCUGUCAAUAACUCUAACAUUGUGCUGUUCUAAUUUUGGAAUGUUUGGAACCCCCCUUGGAACUGUCCAGCUGUUGAUGCCAGCCCAGUCGGAGGUGUUGACCAUACUGGGAGCUGGCCAUCAGGCCCUCAGCCACUACAACGUCUUCACAGAAACCUUCUCCUUUAAAGAGGUACCAGAGUGAUUCAGUGUUUCUGAAUGGGUGAUUAGAGAGACCCACUGGUGUGUGGCUAUAUCCUCCAGACAUAAGACUUGGUUCUGGUUAGAAAUAUCUUGUUGUGGGUCAUGAGAAAAUAUCAAAGGCCAUUGAGGGAUCACAUCAUUACAGGUCCGUGUGUGGAGCAGGAGGAAAGAGUCGGCGGAGAGGUUUGCCCAGUCCACCCAGGGUCAUGUUACAGUAUGUGAGUCAGUGGAGGAGGCAGUGAAUGGGGCAGACGUCAUAGUCACUGUGACUAAGGCCAUUGAACCAGUGCUCUUUGGCCAGUGGGUCAAGCCAGGUGCCCAUGUAGCAGGUGAGGAGACUCCUGACUGAAGAUGAUAGUGCCAUGCCUUGACAUAAGAUUUUGAUGUGUGUAGAUAACAUACUGUAAUGGCACUGCCAUCUCUCUCUUUGGUCUUAAUGUAAUGUGUCAUUGCUGUGUGUGCGCGUGGUAGCUGUGGGAGCCUGCAGGCCAGACUGGAGGGAGCUGGAUGAUGUGUUGAUGAGGCAGGCUGAGGUGUAUGUGGACAGCAGAGAGGGAGCUGUAGCAGAGUCAGGAGAUAUCAUCCUGUCUGGGGUAGGUUGUGAGAAUAGUUCAAAUGGUUAUUGGUAUUCUGUUUCUGGGUUUCUUCCAGUUGUGCCUACUGAAUGCAAUCUUGGUUUAUGGUAGUAAUAAAAGUAGGCAUCCCAAUUAAAGGAUACAUAUGCUUUAACAUGAUUUGGUGUGCUAAUGAAUACUUCAUCUCCAGGCCAAAGUGUUUGCAGAGCUUGGAGAGGUUCUCAAUGGAACAAGACCUGCCCAUAGAGAGAAGACCACUGUGUUCAAAUCCCUUGGUAGAUCGUCUUACUUUAUCCUCUAUUCAAAUCCUGUAACAUGUUCCUCCAUUGUACUUAAAAGUUUUAUUGAUCCCGUUUGUAUACAACAGGAAUGGGGAUUCAAGAUGCAGUCUCUGCCAAGCUUGUGUUUGAACAGUGGAAGAGCAAAUACUGAAGACCUGUGGAGGAUAAUGGGAUGGCCAUGAAUGUGAUCACUUACAUUCCCACCAGUUCUUUAAAGGAGUAGGUGGAAAGAUAUUGGGAGUUGAAGCACAUUCCUACAUCUGCACAACAGAAUGUAAAAAACAGACAAUAGGCAGAGAUUUUAAAUGAAUUUAUUGGCUUUAAAAAAAAUAAUCAGCAGAUGAACUACUAUAUUAUCAUGUCAAAAUAAAACCACAUUUAGCCAGAAGAAAAAUCAAGUGUAUCAUUUCUUUCAUUGUGCCGUUAACACUGGUAAUAGCUCAGAACAACAGCCUCACUCAGUUCAAAUUAAAAAUAAUACUUUGAAAAUAGUCACUGGUAGGUAUAUCACUGAACUACUGUAUAUUUUAAAUACAGCAAUUAUAAGCUACAGUAUAACAGACAAAGAACACAUGGUCAGUUCAACUUCUUCUGAAUUAUUUUAAAUUGCUCAGUUCUUAGUGAGAUACAGUCAUAGGUUAGCAUGGUUGCAGUCUCUGUUCAGCUAUUACAUUCCAGUCAUUGCCACUCCUGCCAUCGGCCAAAUGGAAGGAGUGGCAAGGAGUGGAAUGUUCGCUAAAAAGACCGGUUCCCAGACUAGUAAUAGGUAGCUCUGAUGACGUUUACAUAGCAUCAUGAUGUUAAUGAUGACAAAGCUUAAUGUUAAAACGAGUUCACGACAACUACGUUUCGAGUAGCAAACAAACUCCAGAUUCUUCACACUAGAACUAGACCUUUGUAAAGGACUGGAUAGAUGGCAACUGCUGACAGAAUCAGUUCUUAAAGGGAAUGAAGUUGAAUACAAGCCUAGAUUCUACCGUAUAACAAACAGGGCCUAUAACAAAAAAGUUAUGACGCACGCAGGUGUUUGGAGUGUAAAGCUGACAGACUACACACUACAGUUCCAUUACUAACAAUACUCGUACGAUGGAUGUAUUUUGUGUUUAUGUACAGAAAACACAGUUUGUGAAACCGUUGUUUAAUCCAACAAGAGGGAUCCAUCUAAAUUGGUCUGAUAAAGAACCAUUCUCCAUCCUCUUUCUGACUAACAGGUUCUCCUAUACAUAUUUUCUAUAGACACCUGUAGAAUGUAAAAUACUGGAUAUUUUCUCAGAUCAAGGGGGAGCACCAAGUACUGUAAGUGGAUAUUUAGCUGGAUCUAAUAAGCAUUUAAUCCAACUAGGUAUAAAGUGAUAGCUAUUAUCCAUUAUUGACAGUUGUUUUGACGAUUUAUUUGAGGAUGGAUAAAAUCCACCUGACGAGAAAAGUUUUAUCUAAAUUCACUUGAUCUACAUAGAGUAUGACUAUAGAACAUAGACGAUACUACUACAACACUAUGCUUUUUUUAAUUUUUUGAGUUUACUUCCAUUUCUCUUGAACUAUUUAAAACGUUCUUUUAAGAUUUAGUAAAUGAUGGUCGCACAUCUGGUACAAAAGAGAAAAAACACAAGAAUAAGAAGAAAUCAUUCCAUUUAGUGUUCAUGGAGCUACUAGAAAGUGAUGACCAUUAUAUGCGGUAGGAAUUUUGGCAACACCUCAAUUCUACACAAUUGAUUGAAGUCUGUAAACAAACAAUAUGGACUCUUGAGAAGAGUGGAAAGAGACAAAAAUUGAAAAGAGCAAUUAGUAUUAUCUUCCAGGAACAUAAAAAAACAAGUACAUUUUUUAGAAGGCAGCAGGAAUUUCACAAAGCUCUAAUUCUAGGAUUUGUAUAAUAAAAUCAAUCAUAUUUAAGUACUAUGUACUAAAAAAAUGACAUCUGGAUACUUUUUGUAGAAUCCUCCCCCUUCCUCCUAAGACACUCCCCCACCCUCUUCUUCUUCCUCCCCCCAACCAACAGGUGAGCUCAGACUGCAGUGUGACUUCCUCCUUCCUGUCUGGAGCGUUUAGAGUAGUGAGCACUUCCUCU